UGUCAUUCGUAUAUUAACAAUGACACCAGUUCAUGAUGUGAUUUUUUGUUAGAAUAAGUGCAAAUUUAACAACAAAGUGACUUUAUUUCAUUUUUGUGCUGUUCUGCAUUGGUUUUAUCUGAUUUUAUAAAAGUAAACACGUCAAAAUGCCGCGAAUAAUGAUAAAGGGUGGUGUUUGGCGGAACACGGAGGAUGAAAUUUUGAAAGCAGCUGUGAUGAAAUAUGGCAAAAAUCAAUGGAGUCGGAUAGCAUCUUUACUUCAUCGAAAAUCUGCAAAACAGUGCAAAGCAAGAUGGUUCGAAUGGUUAGAUCCCAGUAUUAAAAAGACGGAGUGGAGUCGAGAAGAGGACGAGAAGCUUUUGCAUCUUGCAAAAUUAAUGCCAACACAAUGGAGAACCAUCGCUCCAAUUAUCGGAAGAACUGCCGCACAGUGCCUGGAAAGAUACGAGUAUUUACUCGAUCAAGCUCAAAGAAAAGAAGAAGGCGAAGAUGCUUCGGACGAUCCACGAAAACUGAAACCAGGCGAAAUCGAUCCGAAUCCAGAAACGAAACCAGCCCGACCUGAUCCUAAAGACAUGGAUGAGGAUGAACUCGAGAUGCUGUCGGAAGCAAGAGCCAGAUUAGCCAAUACGCAAGGAAAAAAGGCGAAACGCAAGGCCCGCGAGAAGCAGUUGGAGGAGGCGAGAAGGCUUGCUGCUUUACAGAAACGCAGGGAAUUGAGAGCAGCUGGAAUCACCGUGAACCAAAAAAAUAAGAGAAAAAGAGAGUUGAAUUACAACACGGAAAUUCCCUUUGAAAAGAAACCCGCGGCGGGGUUUUAUGACACCUCAACUGAACACGUGGAUCCAUUAGCUGCUGAUUUUUCGAGACUGAGGCAGCAACAUUUAGACGGAGAAUCGAGACAGGACGCUGAGAUGAUUGAAAGACGAAAAGACAAGCAGAAACUGAAACAGCGAAAGGAGAAUGACAUGCCGAUGGGAAUGUUGAAUAACGAGGAGCCUAUUAAGAAACGCAGUAAAUUGGUUUUGCCGGAACCGCAAAUCUCUGAUAAUGAGUUGCAGCAAGUUGUGAAACUUGGUCGCGCGUCGGAGGUGGCUCGUGAAAUCGUAUCUGAAGGAGAUGCAACUGAUACUUUGCUGGCUGAUUACUCCUUGACCCCAAACACUGCCGUAACUCCGAGGACACCAGCUGUUCAAGAUCGAGUGCUUGCAGAAGCUCAGAAUGUCAUGGCCUUGCUAAAUGUGGACACUCCGUUGAAAGGAGGCUUAAAUACCCCACUCAUAAAUUCCGACUUCACUGGAGUUGUGCCUUCUUCAAAUGCUGUCGUAACGCCAAACACGAUACUUGCGACGCCAUUCCGAUCACAAAGAAGCGAUGGGACGCCAAUUGCUUCUUUUAAUACGCCAGGAUCUGUCCGAACUCAAAACGGUGUUCUAGCACCGACUCCAGUUCGAGACAAACUCAACAUAAAUUCCGAAGAUGCCUUGGAAGGAUCCGAAACGCCUGCUCUUAAGAAACAGGUAAAGGAACAGUUGUGGGCAGGUCUCAGGACGUUGCCAACACCGCGGAAUGACUAUGAAAUAGUCGUUCCUGAAGAAGAAACAGAUGAGAAUAGCAUGAUCUCUGCAAAUGAUGUCGUUGAAGAUCAAGCUGACAUUGAUGCCCGAAAGCAGCAGGAAAUUCUUGAACAAAGGAAAAGAGAACUCUCUCGACGUUCUCAGGUCAUACAGAGGGAUUUACCUCGGCCAGUCGAGGUAAAUACCAAUAUUUUACGACCAAUUGAUUCUUCAUUAAACGACCUGCAAAGGGCUGAAGAGCUCAUUAAGAAAGAAAUGGUGACAAUGAUGCAGUUUGAUGCUCUUCAAAAUCCGAUGCCUACAAACAAGAGAUCAAAUAACGCCCAGGCACAAGCGCAGUCAUUUUUAAAUUCUCAUCCUUAUGCCGACUUUGAAAAAGAGGAAUUGGGACAUGCAAAAAAAUUGAUUGAAAAUGAGAUGAAUGUUGUUCGUAAAGGUAUGGACCACGGAGACAUCAGUUUAGAAGCCUACUCCACAGUUUGGGACGAAUGUUUGUCACAGAUUUUAUAUCUUGAGCCGCAAAAACGAUACACGCGAGCGACACUCGUCUCGAAAAAAGAUAGGAUCGAAGCCUGUGAAAGGAAGUUGGAAGAAAAUCGAAUGCUCAUGACCGGUGAAGCCAAACGGGCUGCCAAGAUGGAAAAGAAAUUAAAGAUUUUGACUGGAGGAUAUCAGGGUCGCGCACAAGCCUUGUCGAAGCAGUUCAACGACACAUGGACUCAAAUUGAACAACUGAGACUUGAAUUAUCGACUUUUAAAUUUCUCAAGGCACAGGAAGAAGCGGCUUUGCCCAGGAGAAUAAAUGCACUCGUUGAGGACGUCAACCGACAAAAGGAACGGGAAAAACAUUUACAGGCCAAGUAUUCGCAUUUGCAAGAGCUACUGCGUGAAAAUAUUACUCAAAGGGAAGAUCCUGUUCCUGAAAGAACAGAAGAUAUAUACGAUGCUAAUACUAAUGUUUAAAUUUAUCGCUGUUUUAUAUUUUACGUUAUAAUUUCGUGAGGUAUUAAAUAUUUCCAUCGUUUGAAAGAAUUGCAAACUUAUUGUGAUUUAUUUGUUAAUCUGAGACAUUAUCACUUUGUGAUUUUCAAUAAAUCUAUGUCUGAACUAGAA